AAACCAGCAAACACUUUUUUACUCACUCUCUAGUCGCUCUUUUAUUUCCCUCCUUUACAUCUACCCUCAUCUCCUCCUCCGCCCCCCCAAACUUCAAAAAAUUUCAACCUCCAGUCCUGAAAACUAGCCAAUGAUUGAACCAGGGUACCAUCGACCGCACACCCGUUUUAAAAUGUCCGCCCAGAUGGGCCUCGUCGUCUCAUCCGUACGUGAAGAAAUGAGUCACGAUGGCUGCCCCAAGUAUGUAUCAAGCAAGCUUUUAGUUUUUCCCUUUUCCUUCCCGAGGGCUCUCAAAUUCGUCGGGAAUCUGCAUGGAACACUGCCCCCUUCCCUUCUCUGCACUCGUUUCAAGGGAGCCGGUGCUGAUAUGUGACAAUUAGUUUUCCUGGUGAGCCCUAUACCGCCGACAACGCGGAGACCACUGUCAUCGAAAAUCACCCACAGUGCCGGCUCUUGCCCUCACAAGUCCAGAAACUACAUGUUACUCCCCAUUCUCUCUCGGGCUCCUCUGUGUGUACAGGCCUUCCUACAUACAUAAAUCUCUACUAACGCGCAUUUAGGAGACUCGUACCUCUUCUAGUCAUUUGAUGGGUCUUCCCUUCGUUGGGCAGCUGAUCCACAAUCUUCCCGUUUCCUCGAGGCUCCACGCAGCGGGCCACUCGACCACAUAUCCUUCAAAGUGCACGCAAUCUCGAUGGUCUCCAAGUGAGGCAACAUCAGCACACGGCCUUCGAUGCCAUAGAGUCAAUGGACUAUGCUUCGGCACUACAGUCUCGUUCUCUGACGGCAUCACCUCAUGUACUGAUGUUUCUCCGGGGGGUUGCCGAAGCUGCGUGCACGCUAUUGGGGAUUCUAAUUUGAAUAGGGAGUUUGGGAUGCAGUCGUCGGUCGCCGAAGGGCCAUCUAAGGGGCGGGGUUCUGCAGCUGGGUCAAAAACGGGUGGAUCGGAGGAUGCAAAUCUGUUCGCGUCGUACAUGCUUUUCUGGCUCAUACCACUCGCGGUGUCCACUUCCCUCGUGGCGGCGUUGGGGAUUCCACAUGGUGCUCGUGCCGGUGCUCUUCUCAACUCUACGGGAGAAUUUGUCGUUUCGAAAUCGCCUCCUAGGCUGAGAACUCCAGGUCAAAUUAACGGAGUAGCCUCCUAUGAUGCUGGCGGCUGUGACGAUACACCGCAAAACCGAAGGAAGCAUUGUGGUUAUUACCGCUGUUUCCCUCAGCUUUCCAAUCCCCCUAUACAUUGGAACAGCUAUACCCAUCCAGCCUCGAAUCACGAUUAAGUAUGCUUUACCUAUAAUCCCACUGAAAUUGUAUAUCGGCUGUGAGUCUAACAAUUAAGGCAGAAACCUCGUACGAGCUAAUUGCUCUGAAACAUUUUGUUAUACUUAUAACAGCCACCGCUUUUUUUUGUUUUUUUCUUCCGUUUCGUCAGGAAGCGCCCCUUUGCCUGCUCCUGAGGCCAACUACGUCUACCAAUUCCCACAACCUGGGCCCGGCCCAUCGCAAAAAUGUCUUCAUACAACCAGUCCACACAUGCCCCCCCCGGCGAGGAUCUUUUGGGACCCGACCAAGCUGAUUCAUAUUUCGAGAGUGAGAUGCGCCAAAUAGCGAUCUCUGGAUACGGAGAACCAAGCCCGGGGUAUACCACCUAUAGCGGACAAGACCUUACAGCCAUCCCCCUCCAACCUGUAUCCAUGGAGGAUCUAUUAACCUUUAUACCACCUUCGGCUACGCCACAUACAUCACCGGGGACCCUCUAUGACGAACCUCAGUGGCCGUUCGGAGGCGGACUUGGGAGCACUUCUCCCGAAAACUAUUUCUCGUCCCCCGAAAACUAUUUCUCCUCCCCCGAAAACUGUCUUUCCUCUCCGGUUAAUUAUCUCUCGUCCUCCGAUAAUUACCUCUCCUCCUCCUCCUCCAACUAUCUCUCCUCCCCGGAGAACUAUCUUUCUUCGCCGGAAAACUAUCCUUCAUCCCCUGGGAAUUUUAUCUCCUUUGAUCCCUCUAUAACCUCCCCUUCCCCUGCGGACACCCCGGCUUCCGCUACCCCCUCCUCCGGGGAUCGGGCCCCACGGACUCCCCCGCAAUCACCCUCCCCUCCAGAGCCAAGCCCCCCUCCACUCCCCACACCCGAGCCUUUACAGAAGCCUGACGGCACAUGGGCAUGUCCUGAGCCCGGGUGUCCCCACCCCGGCCAUAAGCGGCGGUGCGAUGCAAGAAAACAUCAUAAGUCGCACACCAAGCCGUACCCUUGCAGGAGGCGGGGGUGUGAUUAUAGGUCUUCUAACGCGAAAGACCGUGAACGGCACUACGAUACUCGACAUGCCAAAAUCACAGAUCAUCCCCUGUGUCCUGCUCCGGGUUGUGGGGUUCACAAGAGUCGGGUGGACAAUAUGCGGGACCACAUCCGCAGGAAACAUCCGGAGAUGGACCAUAGGAGUCCGGGGAUCUCCGCUCUAUACCCCCGCCGCCGUGGCAGAAGA